AUGCUUAUAGCCUGCUUCCUUUUAUUUUUUUCAUCCAUUUUCUUUCUUCUGUCUCUCUUUAUUUUACGCUUUCCUUUUCCUCUAUGUCUUCUACUUUCUUCUUGUCAUUCUCAAUUCUCUUUUUUAUCGUGUUAUGAAUUUGAACGUUUAUACAUUUUUUUUUUAAACUCUUUCUUUCUUGCUUUCUUUGUUUCAACAUAUGGCUUUUCUGAACGUUUACCCUUUCUUUCUUUCUUUCUUUCUUUCUUUCUUUCUUUCUUUCUUUCUUUCUUUCUUUCCAUAAACAUAUGGCUUUCCUGCCACUCUGCCAACAUUCCUUAUUUCCUCUUAAAUGAUUCUCUCUCUCUCUUUCUUUCUUUCUUUCUUUUCUAUUUACGUGAUAUACCUUUACAUCUCUCUCUCUCUCUCUCUCUCUCUCUCUCUCUCUAUCUAUCUAUCUAUCUAUCUAUCUAUCUAUCUAUCUAUCUAUCUAUCUAUCUGUUCUUUCUUUCUAAGAGUUAUACUAUUCUUUCUUUCUUUCUUUCUUUCUUUCUUUCUAUUUACGUGUUGUACGCUUCUAUCUAUCUAUCUAUCUAUCUAUCUAUCUAUCUAUCUAUCUAUCUAUUGGCGUUUUAUACCCUUCUUUCUUUCUUUCUUUUCUAUUUACGUGAUAUAACUCUACAUCUCUCUCUCUAUCUAUCUAUCUGUUCUUUCUUUCUAAGAGUUAUACUAUUCUUUCUUUCUAUUUACGUGUUGUACCCUUCUAUCUAUCUAUCUAUGUAUCUAUCUAUCUAUCUAUUGACGUUUUAUACCCUUCUUUCUUUCUUUCUUUCUUUCUUUUCUAUUUACGUGAUAUAA